AUGGGAACCGGGGGAAACAUUCUUCCAGUUUGGAUGCAUCAAUGGAGCUACUUGAUGACAGAUGGGCCAAACACGCUUUAUCGAUUUGUUACCGACACGGAAAUCCCCCAUAUGACACUCCCAAUCAUGGUUGACCUCUCCCGCAACCAUCUACUGAGGCCUUUUAACCAUUUCGACUUUCUGGGGGACCUCGGCCUCACUAAAUUCAAAACAUGGGGUGCGAUCUAUUCUGCUGCACUUGAUGACCUGAAUUCCCUUGAAGAGUUCAAGAGACUGACAAUCGCGCUCUUGAUGCUAGUGAAUCUUUAUCAUCGAAGGGUUCAAUCGCGCUUUUCGUUCUAUCUUGGACAAGUUUUUUCGCGCGGCGGCAAAGAUAGGAACACUCGCCUCGACCAGAAUCUUGGCUUUUGA